AUGGACUCAAUGGACUCAGGACUUCGCUUCAGCCCCAAACAGGACGCAGAAUGGGACACGGUGCUUCAGUUCCUGCCGGCCUCCGACUCCAAACAUCUGGAGAAGAAACCGGGCCGCAGGAAGAAGCUGUGGAUCGGCGUCGGCCUGCUGCUCUCGGCCCUCGCUCUGUCUCUGCUGACCGGACUGCUGGUCUGGCACUUCCACUUGCGUCGAGACGUCAGAGUGAAGAGAAUCUACAUCGGCUCGAUGGGAAUCAGUAACCAGCCGUUCACGGCAGCGUAUGAAGAUCCAGCGAGCCAGCAGUUCACCAAGCUAGCAUCUCUGGUCAAGAAGCAGCUGAAACUCAUUUACUCCAAAGACUCAGUGCUGGGUAAAUACUUCAGAGACUCCUCGGUGCAGGCGUUCAGCGAGGGAGACGGAGACAGCGUGGUUGCGUACUACGAGUCAGAGUUCGAGCUGCCCGUCCCUCAGCAGGAUUCAGUGGACAAAGCCAUCGAGUCUCUGGAGCCGGCGGCAGGAAGUCAUUCGAGCCGCGGACGCCAGAUGCUGAAACCCACAGACCCUCUCAACGUCAACAGCUUCGUCUCACGAGCUAAAGAUCCACGCAUGAUGAGGAGCUCGUUUAUUGAGAAGAAGUCCUUCAACGUCCACGUCAGUAAAGCGGGUGUGUUCCAGUCUCCGGGGUUUCCAGACUCUUCGUAUCCUCCCAACGCUCUCCUGCAGUGGCAGCUGAGGGCCGACCGAGGACAUCGAGUCAAGCUGGACUUCCACACUCUGAUCCUGGAGGAGGACUGCCAGCAGGACUUCAUCAAGAUCUACGACGCUCUGGUUGCCAUGGAGCCCCGCGUGCUGACAGAACAGUGUGGAUACCCUCACGGCUCUCUGUCCUUCUUGUCUUCGGGUAACGUCAUGUUCUUGACUAUGAUCACCAGCGAUGAGAAGAACUUCCCCGGCUUCAGAGCUAACUACUCCCAGAUCCCUCUGAAUGCAGCAAACUGUGGAGGGAAACUGACGGCAGAUAAAGGAUCUUUCUCUUCACCUUUCUUCCCCUCCAACUAUCCUCCAACAACCACGUGUGUCUGGGACAUCGAGGUCCCAAAAGAAAAGUUUGUGAAGGUGCAGUUCAAGGAAUUCUCCCUGGGACGAGACACUAAGGGAUGUCCGAAGGAUUAUGUUGAUGUCAACGGUCAGAGACUUUGCGGCAGUAACCUAGAAAGCAGCGUGUUCACCAGCAGAAGCAACAAGAUGACCGUCAAAUUCAACUCGGACAAGUCUUACGUGGACCAGGGUUUCACCGCCGAGUACGAAGCCUUCGUCCCAACCAACCCUUGUCCGGGAGAGUUCCAGUGCUCCAACAACCUGUGCAUCAACACGACUCUGCAGUGUGACGGCUGGAACGACUGUGGAGACGGCACCGACGAGGACAACUGCAAGUGUGAAGCGUCUCAGAUGAAGUGUAAAAACGGUCGCUGCAAACCGAAGUUCUGGGAGUGUGACGGCUUGGACGACUGCGGAGACAACAGUGACGAGGAGAACUGCGGACAAUGCAAACCAGGAGAGUUUACCUGCAGAAAUGGACGCUGCAUCUCAGAGAAGUUGAAGUGUAACAGACAAGACGACUGCUCCGAUGGAUCUGAUGAGUCCACGUGUGAAAAAUCUCUGGUGCUGCAGCAGUGUUCAGAGUUCACUUUCCGUUGCAGAAGCGGACUCUGCAUCAGCAAACAGAACCCAGAGUGUGACGGAGAGCAGGACUGUGAGGAUGGCUCCGAUGAGGACAACUGUGAGUGCGGGACGCGGCCGUACCGGAGCUCUCGUAUCGUGGGCGGUCAGGCGUCGCGGGAGGGCGAGUGGCCCUGGCAGGUCAGCCUCCAUGUCAGGGGCAAAGGUCACACGUGUGGGGCGUCGGUGUUGAGCAGCCGCUGGCUGGUGACCGCCGCCCACUGUGUCCAGGACAGCGGGAAAGUCAAGUACUCCCAGGCCGACCAAUGGCAGGCCCUCAUGGGGCUGCACGUUCAGGGUCUGACCAAUGAGUGGACGGUGAGGAGGAACCUGAAGCGGAUCAUCACUCACAAAGAUUACGACCCGAGCACCUACGACAACGACAUCGCUCUGAUGGAACUAGACUCUGAUGUCACACUCAACCAGAACAUCUGGCCCAUCUGCCUUCCCUCCACCACACACAACUUCCCAGCAGGCCAAGAGGCUUGGAUCACCGGCUGGGGAGCCACCAGAGAGGGAGGCGUUGCUGCGGCCAUCCUGCAGAAGGCGGAGGUUCGGGUUAUUAACGGCACGGUGUGUAAGAAGCUGAUGAGUGAUGUCACUGACAGGAUGCUGUGUGCUGGAGUCCUGAAAGGAGGCGUGGACGCCUGUCAGGGUGACUCUGGCGGCCCGCUGUCUGUCACCGGUGCUAAUGGGCGGGUCUUCCUGGCCGGCGUGGUGAGUUGGGGCGACGGCUGCGCUCGCAGGAACAAACCGGGCGUUUACACCCGAAUCACCAAAUACCGCGGCUGGAUAACGGAGCACAGCGGCGUUUAG